AUGGGACAAUUACCUGCUAAUCCGAUCAAUCUAGAAUUAGUCACCGACUACACAGCAGACGCCUUUAUCGCAGUUUACAAAAGAUUCACUGCAAGACGUGGCAUAUGUGCUACCCUACGCAGCGACUGCGGGACCAACCUGAAGGGUGCUUACUCGGAACUCCGAGAUCUAUUCUCCUCAUCUUCGAAGCAACUUGGUAGCCUAUCAGCACUAUUGGCCAACAACGAAACGCAAUGGCUCUUCAAUCCACCAGCAGCUCCUCAUUUUGGAGGAAAAUGGAAAGGUGGAGUAAAAUCAGUUAAGUUUCAUCUCCAACGAGUGAUCGGAGAUAAUCUCCUUAUUUAUGAAAUGAUGAAUACUUUGCUGUCGCAAAUUGAAGCUGUGCCUAAUUCCAGACCUCUCUGUCUUCUUACUGAGGACCCAAACGACCUCGGAAUUCUUACACCAGGACACUUCCUGAUCACUAAGAUAAGUCCUCUACCAGUCUACACAAAUACAUUGUAA